UGCAACUCAUUUUCUGAUAGAAGGAGGCCUGUUCAUCUUGUGAUUUCCGUGGACGUAUUCUGUGUUCUCCACUAAGACUAAAGCAGGAAAGCUCGAUUUCUUAAAGUAAAUCCACCAUGUCCAAAUAUAUCGAGCGCAUCAGAAACCUAAUCCCGGGUCUGCGGCGUCCAGAAAGCAAUGCCCCUCCUCAAGGAGACGUUACCGUGGAUAUGGGAGAUGGUUAUGGGAAGGAGAAGGACUUGAGGAAAAUGUCAUUCUACAAUGAGCUCGACCCCGUGCCGAAAUAUGACUUCUACGCCAAAGACACUUGGGCAGGACGUAUAAAAAGAUCCAGACCGUCACUGGAUGUUCUGCGCAAACCACCGGACCCUGAUGAUCUUCCUCCACCACCAGAAGAAGACGGACGGCCCAAAGUCAAGCUUGUUCGCUUCGGAUGGGUUCUGGGAGUCAUGAUCCGAGCUAUGCUGAACAUCUGGGGAGUCAUUAUGUACCUGCGGCUGCCGUGGAUCACGUCUCAAGCCGGACUCAUUCUGACUUAUGUCAUUAUCUUCAUGUCUAUCGUCGUCACAACCAUCACAGCAACGUCUGUGUCAGCAAUCUCCACCAACGGCAAGGUCUACUCUGGUGGCACGUACUUCAUGAUCUCUCGGACUCUGGGUCCGGAGCUCGGAGCGCCCAUCGGUUUGCUCUUUGCGUUCGCCAACGCUCUCGCCUGUGCUCUUCACACAGUGGGGUUUUCUGAGACCGUCCGAGAUCUUCUCAAAGACUAUAAAUCCCAGAUGGUGGACGAUAUCAAUGAUGUGAGGAUCAUUGGAGCAGUUACCGUCUGCAUCCUCCUCUGCAUCACGUUCGCUGGCAUGGCUUGGGAGGCGAAGGCUCAGAUCCUGUUCUUCAUCGCCAUCAUGCUGUCCUUAAUUAAUUAUUUUGUGGGGACGGUCCUUCCCCCCACCAUCGAGAAGCAGUCUGUGGGAUUUUUCGGCUACCGUGGUGACAUCUUCGUGUCAAAUCUGCUGCCUUCCUUCCGAGGCCCAAAUGGAUAUUUCUUCAGGAUGUUUGCCAUCUUCUUCCCAGCCGCCACAGGAAUCUUGUCUGGAGUCAACAUCUGUGGAGAUCUCAAGGAUCCAACGGGUGGGAUUCCCAAAGGGACCCUGCUGGCCAUACUCUGGACCACCUUGAGUUAUUUACUGAUCUCGGUCACGUGUGCUGCAACUGUUGUAAGAGAUGCUUCCGGGAAUUCGAACGAUAGUUUAGCCCUGAAAAAUUUCACGACCCAGUGCACUGGCCUGGGCUGUAAAUUAGGCUGGAAUUUUGACCGUUGUGAACAGAACUUCACAUGCAGCCACGGACUGGCAAACAACUUCAGGUUAUUGUUAUUUGAAAUUCUUACCACAGUUUCAGGAUGGGGUAUUUUGAUCACCAUUGGGGUCUUUGCUGCCACCUUGUCAUCAGCGCUGGGUUUCCUGGUGUCCGCUCCCAAAAUUUUCCAAUGUUUGUGUAAGGAUAAUAUUUACCCCUUCAUCGGCUUCUUUGGGAAAGGUUACGGUAAAAACAACGAGCCUCUACGUGCUUAUUGUCUCGCGUUCUGCAUCGCUAUGGCUUUCAUCCUCAUCGGUGACCUGAACACAAUCGCUCCUCUGAUCUCCAACUUCUUCCUCUGCUCUUACGGCCUCAUCAACUUCAGCACCUUUCAUGCGUCGAUCACAAAAUCACCCGGUUGGCGGCCAGAGUAUCAUUUCUAUUCUCCAUGGAUAUCUCUGUUCGGGUCUUGCUUGUCCUUCAUCCUCAUGUUUCUGUUCACAUGGUGGGCCGCUCUCAUCACUUUCUGCAUCCUCCUCUUCCUCCUUGGCUAUGUUAGUUACACAAAACCUAAGGUGAACUGGGGCUCGUCUUAUCAGGCAGGUUUCUACAACAUGGCUUUGUCCUUCUCGAUGUCUCUGGGCGGUGUAGAAGACCAUGUUAAAAACUUCAGGCCUCAGUGUCUCGUUCUGACCGGUCCUCCUAGUGCUCGUCCCGCAUUGGUGGACUUUGUGGGGACUUUCACCAAAAACAUCAGCCUGAUGAUCUGUGGGAACAUUAUCAUAGAGGAUGAGAAGUCCAGUUUCCCGCAGCAGAGCACUGAUAUGCUGGUGGACUGGCUCAAUAAGAGAAAAGUUCGUUCCUUCUACACGUCCUUCGCCGCUGACAGUCUGAAGGAGGGCUCACAUAGUCUCAUGCAGGCUUCAGGUCUCGGUAAACUGAAGCCCAACACUCUGGUUUUGGGAUACAAGACGAACUGGCAGGAAUGUAAACCAGAGAGCUUACAGGACUACGUCAACACCAUCAGCAACGCAUUCGACUCCAGCUAUGGCAUUGCGAUUCUGAGAAUGAUGGAUGGAUUGGAUGUAAAUGAUGAUAUGCAGAGUGCAGGUGGAGCAUCUGCAAUUGACAACCUGGCAUUCGACGCAGAUGAAAUUCAAUAUGAAAAAGAUGAGACUGACAACCAUUCAGAUGUUUCUGACGAUGGCUCGAAUGAACAGGUCAGAUCGGUGUUUCAGACCAAACAGGGCAGGAAGAGCAUCGACAUCUACUGGAUCUCUGAUGAUGGAGGUCUGACUCUUUUAGUGCCGUAUUUGUUGACCAGAAGAAACCGCUGGAAAAAGAACAAACUGAGAGUGUAUAUCUUAGGUGACCAGGAGACCAUGAAGGAAGACUAUAAAGACAUGAAGAUGCUUUUAAAGAGAUUCCGGCUGGAGAUCGAGGACGUCGUCGUGAUAACAGACGUGGAUAAAGCUCCUCUAGCUAAAAAUGUGCAGCGUUACGAGGAAACCAUCGCCCCCUUCAGGCUGAGCGAGGAACAGGCCGGAGGAGACGUACAGGAGCUGAAGAGACUGAGUCCAUGGAAAGUGUCCAGCAAAGACCUGGAGGCCAUACACCCAAAGAUCGAGAGGACUCUGCGACUAAACGAGAUAAUCAAGAAGAACUCCAUCCACGCCGCUCUGGUUGUAGUUUCUCUUCCAGUCCCUGACAUCACCUGUCCUAGUUCUCUGUACAUGGCCUGGCUGGACGCUCUGAGCUACGGCAUCCACUGUCCCGUCCUGCUCAUACGAGGAAACCAGGAGAACGUCAUGACCUUCUACUGCCAGUAAACCUGACCCAUUAAACGUCUAUCACUGCACAUUAGUUACGAGCAAAGAGACUGAACCUGUUGUACCGGAUCACCCUGAACAAUGACUGUAUUACUACAAAUGUAUAUUUAUUUCACAUACUUGUAUCUUUGAGGACGAUACAGGUCAAACUGAUUCCUCAGAGCAGACAGAAUAGAGAUGCAUUAGAAACUCAGUAGAGUUAAGCUGGUGGAGGGAAGUGCUUUUUCUGCUUUCAGGACCUUCACUGAGGAAAUUGAACAGAAGAAAUUGUGUAAUAUUACAGCAUGUGUAUUUGCUUUCUAAAACUGAUCAUUUAGAACAUGUUACAUUUGUCUUCAUAUAAAUUGUAGAUUAUUAUAUUGUAUGUGUAUGCUUUUUAUCCGCUUAUGUGAAAAAUAAAAAUUAGCACCACA